UACGCUGAUGUUUUUCUUCUUCUCUUCUCGCGUUCCCCCGCCAGGCAGGUAACGUAACGUUACAACAUGGAGCACAAGCUGAUCCUGGCUGUGUCCGGCUUCCCGAGUCUCUACGACACCAACUCUCCGACCUACCGGGACCUGAACAUGAGGGCCGAUUCCUGGAGACACGUCUCGGAGAUCAUCGGUGUUAGCGAGUCCGAAUGCCGGAGGAAGUGGAAGACGCUGAGGGACCAACACCGGAGGGACAGGCAGCGGGAGAAGGACCGCAGAGAGAGCGGCAUCGGGCUCUUCAACUACCGGCCCUGGAGAUACUCGUCCAUUCUGUCCUUCUUGAACCCGUUCAUCGACGCCAGAGCCACAGGCUGCAACGGCUGGGCUCUGGACCCGCAGCCCUCCCACCUGCACGCCUCCGAGACGGGCUGCAGCACGACCACCGACACGCGGAGCGACUACGACGACAAAUACGACGUUUCCGUCGUCGACGCCACGACGACGUCCUCCGAGUUCGUUCACAGGAAGCGUCCGUCUUCCGCCGGCAGAGACGCCGUCGCAUUCAAGGAGGCGAAGAUGGAGGCGGCCUGCGAGAGCGCCGCCAGAGACGACUGCGUGCAGCUGCAGCAGCACGACAACAUGAAGGAGCUGUUCGAGGUGAUGAUGCAGUCGGUCACGUCUCUGGCCGCCUCCCUGGCCUCGUCGCACUCGUCCUCGCAGGCCUCGGAUCAGCCGCCGCCUCCGGCUCGGUCCUCGCCUGCAGCGCUGCAGCCUGAUCUCCGUCACCGCGGCCCGCCGCCACUGUCCUGCACCACCUCCAGGCUGAACCACUUGAAAACAGAGCAGCAGGAGGCCGAGGUGGCGGAGCUGCUGGAUGACCAAACGGAGGAGGAGGAGCAGGAGGAGGAGGAGGAGGAAGAGGAGGAGGAGGAGGAGGAGGAGCAGGAGCAGGAGGGCGGCAGUGCGGCGUCCACCAGGCCGACCCGGGCCAAGAGGAAGAGCAGCGAGAGUCUGCUGGAGGAGUACCUGAGGAGGAUGGAGGCCAGGGAGGCUCAGAGAGACCUGGACCUGGACCAGAGAGACGAUGUCACCCUGUUCUUACUGAGCUUGGCUCCGGCCAUGAGGAGGCUCCCUGCCGAGAAGCAGUCGUGGGUCAGAACCAAGAUGCAGCAGUUUCUACACGAGGCCGAGUUCGGUGCUACGAGUUUUCAGUGAUCCCGAAAAACAUUUUCCAUUUUUAUAAAUAACUUGUUGACUUUUAACAACAACAAAAACAUAUUCAUCAACAAAGGAGUUUGUUUUCUCCACUUUUAUGAUAUUGUAACUUUUCUUUUCACAGUUUUCUUGUGCUGUUUUUUUAAAUAAAAAUAUUGUGACUCAUUUAUAUUUUGAUGAAUUAUUAAUCAAAGUGAAGACGUUAAAACUGCUUAAAUCUUUCUUUACGUGAAGAAAACAAACAGAAGAAUGUGUGCUGUAAA